GUGAGAUUUGGGCAAAAGUUGAAACAACCUUUGAAAAGUUGACUUUCAAUAUCACAAAGUCAACUAGGGCAACUUAAAAAAAGAACCGCUUCUUCUUCAAGUGAGCGCGGCCGACCCCCCACUCUCCGUUCACUGCCACCGUAGCCUCGCCACCGUUCAAUCAGUUUGCAGCCGUAUUCAGUCGCUGGUCACCGCCUGCAGGUCCACUACCCCACGACGUCGAGGUUGACGUGAACCAGCAGCCCAACAACGCUGAUUUUCCCUGGCCAUUUGUUGGAACGUUAUACAGGAAGGUUUGGCUUGUGAUUGAUGAAACUUUGUUUCUGAGGUUGAGGCUGACAAUAUGGAAGAGAUUGGUGCGGUGGAAUCCAUGGAUAAACUUAGUAGCCUUCGUAUCACCUCUUUAGAUGAUGAUGAUGACAUUCAUGAUGAUGAAGAAUUGCAAGAUGACUAUGACACUGAUGAGGAUGAAGAAAUGAAUGAAUCAGUGGUUUUGGGUUUCGUUACGAACCCCAAAAAUUCGUGGUCUCUUCUUCCCCAGCUAUUUCCAAGCAAGGCUGGAGGAGUACCGGCUUGGUUGGAUCCAGUGAAUUUGCCGUCUGGAAGGUCUUGCCUUUGUGAUAUAUGUGGAGAGCCUUUGCAGUUUUUAAUUCAGAUUUAUGCUCCUAUUGUGGAGAAGGACUCAACAUUUCAUCGAACAUUAUUUGUGUUUAUGUGUCCAUCCAUGACUUGUCUUCUACGAGAUCAACAUGAGCAGUGGAAAAGCAAGUCUGAGAAGUCAUCUCGUAGUGUGAAGGUUUUCCGCAGUCAAUUACCCCGUAAUAAUCCCUUUUACUCGAGUGAACCUCCAAAACAUGAUGGGAGUGACAAACUCUGUCAAUCUGGAGUUGCACGUUGUACCUGGUGCGGUACUUGGAAAGGAGACAAAGUUUGUAGCAAGUGUAGAACAGCACGCUAUUGUUCUGAGAAACAUCAGGCUACUCAUUGGCGUACUGGCCAUAAAACUGAUUGCCAACGAAUGUGCAUGUCUUCUCAGUUAUCAAGUUCUAAACUGACUAAUAAUCAUCACGAAACAGAUAUUGAGAAAGUUUCAAGCAAGCAUCUUUGGCCUGAAUUUGAGAUUAUGCAUGAAUACGAAAGUGAGUUCGACAUUGAAAUAUCUCAAGACAAUUCUUAUGUAAAUGCUUUGGUUUGUAAGGAUAGGAUGGAUGACUCGAUGAAGUCAUUGUUGGCCAAAUUUGAGGGAGACGAUGAUAGAAAGUCUUGGGCUUCUUUUCAAGCUCGAAUAUCAAAGGCACCUGAACAAGUGUUGAGAUAUUGUAGAGAUGUGGGAUCUAAACCUUUAUGGCCAACUUCAAGCGGUCUGCCUUCCGAAGCAGACAUCCCAAAAUGCAAUUACUGCAGCGGUCCCAUGUGUUAUGAAUUUCAGAUCUUGCCUCAAUUGCUUUAUUAUUUCGGGGUAAAGAAUGAUGUGGACUCACUCGAUUGGGCCACAAUUGUUGUGUAUACAUGUGAAGCCUCCUGCGAGUCCAGCGUAGCUUAUAAAGAGGAGUUUGCUUGGGUUCAACUCUCUGUCCCAUCAGCUGGUCACCAGUAAUAUUUUUUGCCAGUUUUGUUCUUCAGCAAUUCUUAUUGCCAUAUGAUGAGUAUGUUUUUUGUUUACUCUUCCAAUAUUUCUCAGAAUGUUAAAUUAUAGAAAUCAACUAUUUUCUGCCUCA